AUGGGAUUCAAGCGAGAUCUUGAUUUUCAGUGGUUUGGAUAUGAAAAUUCUGAUCCACAUACAUCAUCUGAUGAAGAAGAAAACGAUGACAGCGAACCAAUUCGAGCACCCCUUCAACUGAUGACUGAAUUUGUUAAUUCUAUCAUGUUUCGUAGAUGGACCGUUGCAAAGAAAUUAUGUCAUUUUGUGUUAAUGUAUGAACCCGAUAAUAAGGAAGCAAAACAAUUCCAGCCUCUCAUCGAUUAUAUGUUAAAAAAAGAGGAAGAAAAAGGAUCAUCUUCAUCAUCAAGUGAUGACGAUGAUGACACAGGUACACUUAAUUCUUACUAA